AUGUAUCCUUUUUCAGUGGAGUGAAUGGCCAAUGGGAGUUGGCUUGUCGAGCAAACACUGAGCCCUGCGUUCCCAUUCAUUCAGUGCUGAACAGGCCCGCAGAGCUGGAGAGAGCGCACCGCCGCCUGCACCCCGACGACGCUUCUUUUUUUUUGCACAAGAGCGCAGAUUCCCCGCAACAAUAAGUAACAGCCACAACUCAAACUCAGCUCUCUGCAGAAGCACGAAGAGGAGAAACUCUUGGAUAUAAGCUGAACCGUCUUUGGUUUUACUUCUUUCUAAAAAAAAAAAAAAAAAAAAAAAUUCUGCGCUGAGUUUAUUUUAUUUUACAACAAUCCAUACGGGACUUCCAUAGCUGGGUUGUCUUGCCUAAAGAUCGGCCUCCCAAGUGCGCAGCAGUUCUCCGGGUGCCUUUCCUCCCUCCCUCCCUCAUCCAUCAGAGCUCCACCGUGGAUUUACUGUGUUUUAUCCUUGGACGAAUGCACGCGUAACCCACGCUGAACUUUUCUCUACGCCAACCAAGAAAAAAAGGGAAUAACGCAAAGGGAUACACUCGCACUUGGAUUAACAGGCUGUGAAUGUUAUGCAUCAGACCUCAUAGUCUACGUUUGGACAUUGCCCCUUCCUCUUGGAUGGAGUUUUGGUAGGCUAUCUGGUUGAUGGAUUCGACGUUAUGGAUGGUUGCAUAUAGGUUUUCCGAUGCAUGCCAAGUCUACGGUGAAUGUCGGAAGUGGUGAUCCCCCCAGAUGGAGCUCCAAAGUCAACAUGGCCCCGGCGGUUCAUUAGUGGUGAUCCAGCAGCCUUCCCUGGAGAGCCGGCAGAGGUCGGAUUACGAGCGGGAGCUCCAGCAUGCCGCCAUUCUCUCCCUGGACCAAAUCAAGGCCAUCCGCUCCAGCAACGAGUACACCGAGGGGCCCUCGGUGGUACGGAGGCCCCCAGCGCCCCGCAUGGCCCCCAGGCCCCAGGACAAGCAGGAGAGGACUCACGAGGUCAUCCUCGUCAAUGUGAACAACAAUUAUGAGCACCGGCCUUCAGGUCACCACCAUCACGUCGGGGGCGGCGUGGUGGUUGUGGCCGGGGGACAGCAGUAUGGUGGGUCCCGGGCGCCGGGGCUCAGCCGCUCCACUAGCACAGGAAGUGCUGCCAGUUCAGGGAGCAACAGCAGUGCCUCCUCUGAGCAGGGACUCUUGGCACGCUCGCCCCCCACCAGGCCCGGCAUGAACUUACAGCACCACCACCGAGCGGAGCGGCCCGUACGGACUCAGCCCAAGCCCAAGGCCCUUUUACAGCCCCAGCAGGGACCUCACUUCCACCAGCCUCCACUAGAGGCUCCACUCAAGCCCCAGGGCAAAGGGAAAUCAGACUUUUCUGGCAGUGGCAACGGGGUGGUGGCUGCUGCCGGGCACCAAUUCAUCUGUGAGCGCUGUGGGAAGUGCAAGUGCAGUGACUGCACGGCUCCCAGGAGCCUGCCUUCAUGUCUUGCAUGUAACGGCCAGUGCCUGUGCUCCGCUGAGAGCGCGCUGGAGCACGGCACGUGCAUGUGCCUGGUUAAGGGCAUCUUCUACCACUGCUCCAAUGACGAUGAGGGGGACUCGUGUGCUGACCAUCCCUGCUCGCUGUCACGCUCCCACUGCUGCUCUCGUUUCCUGUGCAUGGGAUUAAUGUCGGUACUCUUCCCCUGUCUGCUAUGCUACCCGCCUGUCAAGGGGUGUCUGAAGGCGUGCCAGAGCUGCUACGACCGGGUCAACAGGCCCGGCUGUCGCUGCAAGAACUCCAACACUGUCUAUUGCAAACUGGAGAGCUGGGACCCACAGACCCAGGAAAAACCUUCCUGAUCGCCCCUGUGUGUUUGUGAUUGCGUGUGCGCGGGAGACUCUUGAUGUGGAUCUUAUGAUGACAAUGAUAAUGAUGAUGAUAGUCACAAAUUAAUGUUUAUCAAACAUUCUCUAAGCACCUCCCACCCGCCUCCCCUCCUCACUGCGGAACCCUAAGGAGCUAAGCAAAGGAGUAAUGAAAACCACUCAAUUAUUUUUAUUUUUUAUUUUCUCUGGAUCAGGACCAUGUUUUUACAGACCAGUGUUUGCCUUAACUGUUUCUAUGUCUAUCCUCAGCUCCUCAUUAACACUCUUUUUUUUAUAUAUAUGAAAAAAAAAAGUUUUUCUUCCGUUUUUAGGUAGGCAGCUUCCUGUGGGUCUGUGCGCCCGGCGGGAAGCUGCCUCUCACCAAAUCUGUGAAGGACGAUCUUCUAUAGGGCAAUUAUGUAGCUGUUACCUGGUAUUCAUAGCAAGCAGGUAUGUUUGAAUUAUUGGUUGCUACCACACUAAAACCGUGGUUCCUAUGCUCAUGUUGCAUUAACGAAAGCACAUCCAUCUCAUAGUAUUUUCUCCCACUUGGAUAUGUUUCUCUCCUUCCACCCAUCUGAACUCUUCAUACACAUUCUGUGGCAUUCUCCCAUGUUUUUGUUUUUUUUUGUCUUUAUUUUGUGUAAAUUGUAUUGCUCAAAAUCCAUAAGAGGAAUUCUGGCUAUUUUUUAAAAGAAAAAUGUCUGUUAAAACAUUUUUUUGUUGUAAAAAAUAUUUAUUAUGUGAAGCUCUAUUAUUUUAUGAUAUUUAUUGCAAGAGACAGUCUUAAAUUUACUCAUGUCUGAAUAUAACAAAAUAUCAAAUACUUACUGAAAAAUUAAAGGGUGGCACAAAAGAAAACUAUGUUAACUUUAAUGCAGAAAAUAUAUUAAUUAAUGAAAAAAUAGCGCUGUCUGGUGUCUUGAUUGUGCUGCUGUCGAACAGAAACCUGAGGAGUGAAAGAUGUGACUGAUGACUGAUUUUUAAGGGAAUGCAGGUCUUGUUUUCUUCAGUUCUGAGUUCAUUGGCGAACAGCAAAUCACUAUUUCCAUGUGUGUGUGUGCGCAUAUGUGUGUGUGUGUGUGUGUGCGUGCGCAUGUGUGUUCAUGCUGGGUGUGGAAUUCCUGGUAAAAAUUUUCAGCAGUGAGUAGAAACAGCUUGUAGCUCGAAAUGGGACUGUUUACAUUCUUGGAGGGCUUCUUUGCUGCGAUUCUCCUCGGUAACCUUGAAAGCUAAACAAUACAGGUCAUUGACACGAUUAGCCCCGAAGCUGCUAGCAUCAACAGAGCCUCCGCGUUUUCCAUGAGUUAUGCUCACAGGAAGUAACUUUCUUUCUUAACCCCCCCCCUAAAAAACUGCACUCACCAGCCAACAAGUCAUCACAAAACUAUGCACUAUAGUUUAUUCCCUGGGCUUUAACGCGGCUAGAUCGGGAUGUUCCCAAACUCCCAAAUGGUCUCCAUAUUGCGGAGCCCAACAGUGUGUGCCUUGAGAAAUGAGAGCGACCAUUACGAGUAGCCAGGGCCACCUGUUCAAAGAUAAUAAACUGGGGCUAUCAAUGCUGGGCUUUUAUGGCGUGGUUCCUGCACUAAAGGCAACGACAUGGGGCAAAUCCAGCCCCCGCCAGGUCCCACAGACCCCGCCGUUUGGCCGCCUCUUUUUUGUCAGUGAAUUUAUCACUUGGGAAGUCCGCUGACCCCCACCACCCCUCCACCUCCGGGCCCCCCAGGGGAUGAGAUCAUCACUUUGAAAGUUGGUUGGUCAGCCAGAAAUGCCAACAGUUGGGGGAAACACAAACUGUGACCAGGAAAUUCUCUGGGACAAAAGGAAAAAAUAUACUCCGGCUUAGGUUUGGAAAGCUGCAGCGUUGGCAAGAAAACAACACAACCGUGUCUAUAAUGAGCUACAUGUGACGGUGGUGCCCUCAGGUGCUGUGCGCAACAGGCCUGGGCUCUUUGGAUUCAGAGUUCUGCUAAACAGGAAUAUGAACCUUAAGCUAGAGCCCCACAGUUGAAGCUGCAGCAGUGUUCAGGAGUAACAGAUAAAUACAGCCACAGAUAAGAAGCUAAUGGUAAACAUUAGCACAAAGGAGCUAGCUUGCCGCAUCUCUCAUUUAGCUGACCAGGCUAAGCUAAGACCGACUAGCAUGCAGGCUUAUAACCAGUUUGUUCGCAGUUUGCAUUAAAUGAACCAUCCUUCCAAA